AUGGAUUACGAACUGCGAAAUAUCAAAGACUUUCUGCAGCUUUACAACAAAAUUACGGACAUGUGUUUUAAUGCAUGCGUAGACAACUUGUACAGCCGUGAUCUUACCCGUGAAGAAAUUUCCUGUGCCGACAAUUGCGUUCUCAAGUUUACCAACGUAAACCAGCGAUUGCUUAAGGUUUACGUAGGUGUGCAGUCCGAUAUCAAUCAGAAAAGAAUGGCUGAAGUGGAGGCACAGCAGGCGAAAAUGAUGGCCGAAGCACAGCAACAGCAGCAGCUGCAGCAACAAGCAGCACUUCAAAGUACUCCUGAAAUUACUGGCACUCCCAGCACUACCGAACCUACUGUGGCAUGA